GUGAGGUGUGAGGGGGGAGGACGGCGUGGCUGGACAUGCGCUCUUCUGCGGAACUGGGUAGGCGCGCUGGGAGAAGAUGGCGGCGGCGGGGGAAGCGGCAUGAGCGGCCUCACUCAUUGAAAGUGUCCAGCAUGGCCUCCCCGGGCGCGCAGUACGUUUUUGGGGAGUUCACGGAUGACGAGUUCCGGCAGUUCUUCACCAGCUCUCGCUGCACGGUAGAGGUCCUGAAAGAGGAAGAAAGAAGAGGAUGCCGGCAGCGCGAACAAGUGGAUAAGUUGCCUCCUUUUAAUGAAACCAUUUUAUGUGGCCCCCAAUCUUCAUGUGAUCUUCAUGAUGGUGAUGAAUAUCAGAGAAUCGAGUUUGGGGUCAGUGAAGUGAUCGACCCAGAUGCUGCCCAAUUCGGUAACUCUGGCUACAGUAUUUCCAGCACCUUAAAUCCACAGGCUCCGGAGUUCAUCCUCGCCUGCAGCCCGACCCAGAAAACUCCUGACAUCCUUCUUACAAACAACUUAAACGACGAUGACGGUCAAUACCAUGAAACUAUUGUCCCAGAUGGCAGCGGCAGCGCAGAAAAUGAUGGGACUUGCCGGCAGAAAGAGAGGAAGAAGAAGAAAAAACGGCCCCCGGGGUAUUACAGUUACUUAGAAGGUGUUGAUGGUGGCGGUGCUCCUGAAGAGACCCUUGUGAAUGGGCACGCCACCUCCGCAGGACUUGACAGUAUAAGCACAGACGAGCCUGAGCUUUCAGAAGAUGUUCGGGCAUCUUCAGCCUCUCCUAGGAGUUGUUACAGCCCAGAGAUCUCUGUGGACUUCAGGAACGAGGCUGUCGAUGAUGACAGCACUUCUGUACCUAAUGCACUAGAUAAUGGCAGGACUGCUGGCCAGCCUGAGGAAUGCUCAUCGUCAGACAAUGGGCGGGAGAGCCCACUAAGGACAGCUGAGGAGCAGCCACUGGCUGUCUCUGAUACUACUGAAAAGCUUGGGGUAACCAAUGGACAGACACUUGAAGCCACAGAAGACACUGCCGCCUCUAAUGGGGUGGAUUUACAUCCUGAGGCCGAGCAAGUAAAGCCAGAGGAUACGUCCUCGUCUCAGGCUGUGAACCAGGCUUCUUUAUUGGCCCCCGGCAAUCCACCAGCUAAGUCCUGGGCUAGUCUCUUUCAUAGUUCCAAGCCCUCACCAACCCCACUUGUGGCUUAUGUUGAAACUAAACCUGACCCCCCUCCUGCUGACCCUCCGGCCCCUGAGAAACAGGUUGACAUAAAUGAGAGCCCCGUUCCUGUGACAGAGGAUGCUGUAGCCAUAAAGAUUGCAGAGCUCCUGGACGGGGUCAAGCUCAUCCAUAAACCUGUGUCGUUACAGCCACGUGGACUCAUCAACAAAGGAAACUGGUGCUAUAUCAACGCUACCCUACAAGCUCUGGUGGCCUGUCCACCCCUGUAUCACCUAAUGAAGUGCAUUCCAGUGUACACCAAACUCCAGAGGCCGUGUACAUCCACUCCAAUGAUCGACAGCUUUGUUCGCCUGAUGAACGAAUUCUCUAACAUGCCGGUUAUUCCGAAGGCCAAGCCAGCUGUGGCUGGUGACAAGGUUGUUCGCGACCUUCGCCCCGGACCAGCGUUUGAACCAACGUUCAUCUACCAGUUGCUGACUGUCUCCAAAUCAACCCUUUCAGAUAAGGGCCGGCAGGAGGACGCGGAGGAGUACUUGGGCUUCGUGCUGAAUGGAUUACAUGAAGAAAUGUUGUGUCUGAAGAAGCUCCUGUACCCGCAGAGCGACAUUUUGAGCUUUGUGGAUGAAGAGAACAGUUCUAUAAGCUGCAGAGUCCUGGGGCCGCAGUGGGCAGAAAUCUCAAAUGGACCUGAUACUCAGCCAGCAAAUGACGAAGGCGACACAUACCAGCAUGGAGACCAAGCGGAAGGGAGCGACGAGGAGUGGGAGCAGGUGGGACCCAGAAACAAGUCGUCCAUCACUCGGCAGGCAGACUUUGUGCAGACUCCUAUUACGGACAUCUUCGGAGGACACAUGAGAUCUGUCGUUUACCAGCAAAGUUCCAAGGAGUCGGCCACCUUGCAGCCGUUUUUCACCCUACAACUGGACAUUCAGUCUGAUAAGAUCCGCACCGUCCAAGACGCACUGGAAAGUCUCGUGGCCAGAGAAUCUGUCCAGGGUUACACCACCAAAACCAAGCAGGAGGUUGAGGUCAGCCGCAGAGUGACCUUGGAGGAGCUGCCGCCGGUCCUCGUGCUGCAUCUCAAACGAUUCGUGUUCGAAAAGACCGGUGGCUGCCAGAAGCUGACGAAGAAUAUUGAAUACCCUGUGGACCUGGAAAUCAGCAAAGAAUUGCUUUCUCCCGGUAUGAGAAGUAAGAUUUUUAAAGGUCAAAAAACCUACAGGCUCUUUGCAGUGGUCUAUCACCAUGGUAACAGCGCAACGGGUGGACACUACACUACAGACGUCUUCCAGAUCGGUCUGAAUGGCUGGUUACGCAUCGACGACCAGACUGUGAAAGUGAUCAAUCAGUAUCAGGUGGUGAAACAGACUGUAGAGCGCACGGCCUACCUCCUGUAUUACCGCCGCGUAGACCUGCUGUGAACCGCGCCCCCCCGCUCUGUGUCUUCUCAUGCGCAAGAUUCCUGCUUCAUAGGACACAAACCACCACUUUCCGCUUCCUUUUAAUCUUCAACUAUUUUCUUCCUUCUUGGGUGAGCCCCAUUUUUGCUCCUCCCGUUGUCCCUACAUUUUUUUUCUCCCCCCCCCCCCCCCCCCCCUCCCGAUUUUAGAUUAGACUAGGAGGAUCAGUUUAUAACCAAGUUUCACUUAGCUUUAGGGACCCCACCAACCCCAACAAGCCAAUGCAGUGGAUCGGGGUCAGAAGUAGCCAGGAUUGCUGAUCCCCCUUUUUGGGAUGCAAACCUUUUCAAGCCUGUUACCUGCAAAGGGGAAAAAACUUAGCGAAUAAGACUCUGUUGUCAUCCGCUUAGCAAGAUAUUUUACCGUUAUCUCCUCCUUUUGUGGCUAGGAGCGCCCCCAUCUGGAGGCAAAAGGAUCAAGAGAUAAGGCCACCUCUGGGCGGGUAGGUUCAGUCUGCUGCAGCCGUUCAACCAUAGCAAAAACUGCUGCACCGAUGUGGACCCGGGGGCCGAGGCGGCGGUUCUUAAUACACAGGAUAGAUUUUUAUUAAUUUUUUUUUUUUAGUGUCUCGGGUAGAAGUGGCUGUGUCGCCCCUUGGGCACCCACGCGCUUCGCCAAAGACUCAACGCACCAGCAUUACUCAGUCUACAUGUGAGAACAGUACGGCCCUUCCUGCAAGCCUUCACUACUAGCAAAAAGCCACUCUCUUCGCUUUCCGGAUCACUAAAUCAACAGUAAAAAAAAAUAUUAAAAUAAAAAAAAAUGUGUAAAAAAUAUGCACCAAGCGGCCAGAUUCUCUAGGGUUUCUCGCAUAAAUCAAUAAAAAAAAAAGUUGAAACUAGGAAAAAUAAUAAUAAUGGCGGAAUGCUAUUUUCAGAGUUGCUGGGUGCCUUGCAAGAGUAAGCCGAAGUAUUAGAGCGUUUUUAACCCCUUCCUUGCUGGGAAAUGUGCCACCAGCACCCUCCUCUCCAGCAGCUGAAGGCUUUAAAAGGCAUAAAUAAGUGACCCCCCUGAAUGUGGGAGGUUUGUCCGUCUAGAGGACGAUGCUCGUGAUGAGACGCCCCAGUGCUGAUGCUCGUCUGUGUACAGUGGAGGUCGGAGCCGCUCGGGAUUCCAGGCAGUCUGCUUCAUUUUGCUGUCUCGCUCUCCUCUAACGUUCCUGAUUGUACACAGUUUAGUGAUAUCUAGGAGUAUAAAGUCUUCGCCCAUCAAUAAAGUUACCACGUUGGUUUAAGA